AUGACUGAGGUCGGGCCUGCCGACCGCUCCAGGCUUUUGCGAUCCAAACGCGAUGAAUUUAGUUCAAUUGUAACGUCGAGAAAGCGAAAGCUCCGUCAGCUUUUCGCUGUCGCGACCGAGGGCGAUGCACUCCCAGCGAACGAUUUCGCGAACCCAGACGCGCCGCCUGCCACAACAGGAGAAAUCCAGUUUUUGCAGGGUUGCGACAUCUUACAAGGAAGGAAACUCAAUGAAUUGAAUAUUCCUGCCCGGCCCCAACUUCGCUACGAUGUCUUAAAGCUCUCCCUCGAUAGCUCUGGUCUCUUUGCACCAGAUGUUGCACCGACUCCUCCUCCGAAGCAGGAUGCUGUCGCCGAACCACAAGCGAAGUCCGUACCUACGCCGUCGCAGCAGCCGUUUGUCGCAUCUACCGACACGAAUGGCGCCGUCCCAUCCCCUCAACCUCAUUCGAACCUUUCCGCUCAGUCUACCACUCCAGCAAAGCUCCCAACACCACCCGUAGCCAUCUCGACUUCGAAUCGGUCCGAUGUCGUCAAACCGCCUGCAGUAAAUGCUCAAAAUCCUUCGCUAUCUCCGGCAACUGUCACAACCAAGGACCCCUCACAUGCGUCGCGACAGGAAGCAAGCGACCCGGUGGAGGGUGACGCUGUCGGAAAGUCUGUAGCAUCUCCUGCGAGAGAAGAACCUACUGUCAUCUCGAAGCAAAUCGAGUCUAGGCCUGUCGACGCGCCUCCAGCGACUGCUACUCAGACGAUUUCGGAACCUCUAGCAGCUCAAACACCCGCUCAACAGGAAGUGAAGAAAUUCGAUGAGGCAACUUCUGUGCCCAUUAAGUUACCGUCUGAUACUGCCAAGGCAGUGGAUGCUCUCUCAUCACCUGGGUCAACCACACAGACCGCCGCCACACCGAUAGUCCACGAUGUUUCUACGGAUACCAGCCCUGAUAACGAGGGACCUCAUUAUGUUGAACGCAGAGAGCCGAGAGAUGAAUUGGAGACUCGACAGAAGACUGGAGAGGAGCCCAAAGCCCCUGAGCCGGCAAGCUCUGCAGAGGCGAAUUCGUUCGAUGGCAGAAUCCCUGAUGGGCUAGAAGCACAGUUGUUGCAAGAAUCCAUGGCGAUGGAUUCGACACCAUCAGCACCUAUAGUGGACACUCCCAUGAAGGUGGACACACCUCCGACUACGUCCGCUGUUUCUGUUGUGCAAGACGCCGAGGUGAAGCCAUCCGAGCCUGUGGUAACGAAACCUACUACUUCCAGUGUCACCCCUGAUGUUUCCGUCGUAGCGGCUGAACAUGAUUCGGCAACCCUAGUGAAGGAGAUUCCGGAUAGCCAAGAGGAGCCUUCGACCACGGAACAGAUGGAUGUGGAUCAGCCAAACUCGAGCCAAGCCGAAAACAAGGUUUCUCCUGCCCAUGGCAAAGAUGAUGAUUCUGAACCUGCCCCAGCGGAGACUAAGACCCCCCAACACCGGCCGCAAACACCUGCGGAACUCUCGCAGGAUCCCGAACGUGCAGUCACUCGAACAGCAUCUGGUGCAAUGAGGCAGAAGUCGGUGUCUGAGAUUCUGGGAGAGUCAAGGCCAGACGCUGUUAAAACAGGUGAUAACGAUGAUGCACCACCGAGUCGACUUACUCCGGUCACAUCCACCCCUCAGUCCCCGGCCGCUAGAUCGAGAACUUUUGCAAACAAGAAGAAAGACAAGACUAAGAACAAGCCCUCCGCAGUGGUCUUCGGUAAGACUACGAAACGGUCGACCGACAAAUCCCUGGUACCUAGUCAACCAAAACAGAGUUUCCUACCAACCGACGAUUAUUUCACGCCACUCUUCGUUCAGGGUUUUACACAGACAUCUAAGUGGAUGAAGCCGAUUGAGGUCAUACUAAAUCAAUCUCAUAAGACUGUCUCUACCCCUGACGCAUAUGUGGCCAUCCAGGACAAUCAGGCGUGUCGAGUGUUGCGACGUGUGUACCACCUGCAACAGCAUGACAAGUGGUCGUUACGGCAACCUAAGAGAUGUCCCGAGCCAGUUCGACCGGAAUCCCAUUGGGACGUGUUGCUUCAAGAGAUGAAAUGGAUGAGGACGGAUUUCCGGGAGGAAAGGAAGUGGAAGAUGGCCGUGGCACGUAACCUGGCUCAAGCAUGCGCUGAAUGGAUUGCAUCUAAUGAGGAGGAACGUAAGGAACUUCAGGUUUCUGCAUUUAUUCCUCCAAAGCCUCAGCCGGCUGACUCGGAGGUCGACACUUCAAUGGCCGAAGCCUCACUGGACGCGGUCGACACCCAGACCCCAGAGUUGAUACCCUCCGAGGAUCUGGAUUCUCCCGAGCAUCUAGACGAACUUCGUGAAGAGAUCCUUGAAACAGUUGCACCUUCUGCUAUUUUCGCCCUUGAGGACGACGAUGUUGUUUUCGAGCUGCGAAGCUCUCCAACUGCAGACCAGCUACUUCAGGAGCUACCCAUGUAUGGCGCGCCUCUAAAAGUUCCUUCAUUCGACUUUGCUGGCCCGGAGUUCGACCCCGAUGCGCAUUGGCGUCGCCCUGCUCUUCCUCUUAGCAAGUAUGUUGAAGGCGAAAUGAAGCUUUUGACAGAUGGACCUCCUCGGAAGCGAAGUCGGUUCCAGUACGAGGAGGAGGAGGACGAUGACGAUGAAAAGGUUGUUUUUGGUUCUCAGCCUAUCAAGAGAAUGAGAUUGCCGCCUCAGAAUAGCGACGUGGCUCUCUUUAACCCCGAGAUGAAGCCGAUUAGGGACCGUCUUCACGCAGGUCACCAGUUCCGUCCUCCAGCGGAGUACCAGAUGCCCAUGCAAAGCUUCUACGAGUGUCGCAGCCCGUCACAGUGGACCUUGACCGAAGACGAUGAAUUGCGAGGGCUUGUGCGAGAGUACUCGUACAACUGGUCACUCAUUUCCAGUCUGCUUACGACAAGAUCUGCGUUCGCUUCUGGAGCUGAGCGGAGGACACCUUGGGAAUGCUUCGAACGAUGGAUUAACCUCGAGGGCUUACCUACGGACAUGCAGAAAACGCAGUACUUCAAGGCAUACCAGAACAGGAUUGAUGCUGCAAACCGAGUGAUCAUGCAACAGAACCAGCUGGCGCAACAGCAACAACAACAGCAGCAGCAACAACAACAACAACAGCAACAACAACAAACACCAGCUGCUGGCGCGACAACGCCGGCAACACCGAUUGCUAGGCGUAGGCCAUCGACGCCUCUGCGAGUUGAGCGCCGGCGCAACCAAAAGCACUUGACACUGAUUGAUGCGAUGAGGAAGCUUGCCAAGAAACGAGAGACCGCAGCUCAGAAACAACAGCAUGCCUCUCAGAUGGCGGCCAUGCGGAAGGCCAACGAGUCUGCUCAACCCAGAGGACCGGUUAAGACCCCAAGGGAUUACAGUUUGAUGAGAUGGGAGCGUGACCAGCAACUCGCUGAGAAGGUGGCCCAGUUCCACCAGCGUCAAGAAACUCAGCGGAGGAUGGCCAUGCAGGCUCGUGUUCAAGGCCAAGCGGCAGCUCAGAUGGCCACUACUCCAGGCGCGGGACAGAUGCAGCCGAAUGGCGCGGCAGCGGCCCAGGCCAACGGCAACAUGGCUAGGUCUAACAUGCCAAACCAGCUCGCCGUUCCAGGCCAGGGUCGAGGCCGUUUGCCGAUGCAGGCCCCGACGGCCAACAUGGGUGGUGUUCCGGCCCAGAUAAGCGGUCUCGUUCCACCAAUGCAAAUGAACGGAGUGCCGCAGGCGCAAAUGCAAGCUGCCAUCCAGGCCCAGGCCCAGGCUCAGGCCCAAGCUCAGCAUAGGAUGCCCGUACCAAACCCGCAGCCAGAAGUCAACGUCAACCUGUUGAUGCAAGCCCGUCGCAUUUCAGACCAACAGCGCCACGCUGUCCAAAUGCAACAGGCCCAGCAGCAACAAGCUCAGCAACAGAGUCCUCAUCCACAGCCGCAGCAAGCCCAGCAGGGCCAGCAGAGCCAACAAGGUCAGAUACAUCAAGGCACACCGGCUUCGCAGUCUCACUCGCCGCCUAACAUGCGGCCUGCAGUCAACGGUGUCAACGGCACCAACGGCGUGAAUGGGGUCAAUCAACAGAACUUCAUUGCCAAUGCACAGGCUAUGAUGGCUUCGUUCAACGCUGCUAACGGUGGAGGGAUGUCUACGCCUCCUGCUGGUGGUCUUCAUAUGCCAAACGGCGCCUCGGGCUCUCCUCGUCCACAAAUGCCAGCCAGUAUACAGGCACAGCUAAAUGCUAUCGAAGCUCAAACGCCAUGA